CAAUGUUUCAUGUAGUUCGAGAACGAAGCAGCUCCAUUUCGUGUUUUUCCUUGUGUUUUUUCUUCCUUUUUCCAUGAAUAUCCUGUGACGGGGGGCGUGAAUUGUGUUCAGGUGUGUGGUGUGGCAAGUGCUCAAGGGACUGGUGUUGCAGGAAUCUGCGGAAAAGUCCCGCUUCAUGUGCUUUUAGUGUGUCUUCCCAGCCCCUCAUUGAGCGCGAGACGGGGAGUGUGAGACAAUGGCCAGAGACUACGAUCAUCUGUUCAAGCUUCUCAUUAUUGGCGAUAGCGGCGUGGGUAAAUCGUCGCUCCUCAUCAGAUUUUCCGACAACACCUUCUCCGGUAGCUACAUCACCACAAUCGGUGUGGAUUUCAAAAUUCGCACAGUGGUGAUCAAUGGGCAGAGGGUGAAGCUACAAAUUUGGGAUACUGCUGGUCAGGAGAGAUUCCGAACGAUCACAAGCACGUACUACAGAGGGACGCAUGGGGUAAUAAUAGUGUACGAUGUCACGAAUGGGGACUCAUUUGCCAAUGUAAAGCGAUGGCUGCAGGAGAUUGAGCAAAACUGUGAUGUUGUGAACAAAGUUUUGGUUGGGAAUAAAAAUGACUUCCCGGAAAGGAAGCUGGUGGAGACUGAGGAUGCACAGAGAUUUGCCCGGCAGAUGGGCAUUCAGCUGUUUGAGACCUCAGCCAAAGACAAUGUGAAUGUCGAGGAAAUGUUCCUUGCCAUCACGGAGAAGGUUCUCAAGCACAAACUCAGUCAGAAUGCACAGAAUGCGCAAAUUGCCAAUGACACGGUUAAAUUGAAGCAAAAACCGCAUGGAAAGAAAAAAUCCAAGUGUUGCUAAUUUAGGAAUGUCUCUUUACAAAACAACAACAACAAAGUCUCUAUACAUUUAGAAAAUAAGCUAUUGCAUAUAAAAACACAUUUUCUUCUUUCUUUUCUAUAAGAGAUUUUUUACUUUAGAAGAGCAUUGUGGGGGCAUCACGAGGGAAGGAGAAUUUUUGAGUAAGAGGUAUACUACACAAAUUAAAUCCAUUUGCUAUCCCACUGUGAGCAUUUUAACGUUGAAAUUCAACACCAGAAGCUCUAAGCUGGGUUAAAAAGGGAAAAAAUGAAAGAGAAAUAAAAGACAUUGCGAUUGGAGAAGCUAAAAAAAAAAAAGAAUGAAGUUGAGUAUUAUCUCGAUGGAGGAAGCCCUCGUAUAUACAGAACAACAGCCCCCACUUUUAGCCUGCCUGCCUCCUCUGUAUACGAGGAAGAAGCGAAGGAAUGGAAAUUGUAAAGAGAAUGUGAAGGAAAAGCCAAAUAUAGGGAAAAAAAGAACAGAUAAAAGCGAUUAUUGAUACAAGGUGUCCCGCACUAGGUGUCCCAAUAAAAGGAGUUUAUUCACUUUAUUGUGAAGACACAGAAAUUAUUUUCUUUGUGAAAAUUAAAGACAUUGUGGAUGAGGAGAAAUGAAAGAUUUUAAAUUUUCCUUUUGAGUUUGAUUAGAAAACUCAA